AUGCGGUUCGGAAAAUACAGUGAUAUUUUAUUAAUUAAUUCCGGCAAGAUGAGGAAAAAGAUAUUGAUAAGCAGUGGCUUUGGAGUUUUAUUGUUUAUAUUUGUACUGAGUUGCAACAAUGAGAUGAUUGCAAGCUUAGUUUCUUCGUCAAUCGAGGAUAUUUCAUGUUACAAUGAACCGUCGGCUUUUUAUUCUCUUAAAAGUUUUGACACCAAAGAUGCCGAAAGAUUGGCUGCUGGGAAGAAUAUAUUCUUCCACGAGACAUCCUGCUUUGACCAAGGAAUCGUUCUGAAUGCCCGACAAGCUUGUGCUGUUGAAUCGGCCGCUAAAAUAAACCCCGGGAUGAAUAUUUAUUUAUUGGUUUUAAGUAAUAUGAAUUUUUCUAACAGUAGUAAGGAUUUGAUAAUGCAUUUGAAGAGUUACAAGAAUAUUCAUAUCAGGAGGAUAUUCAUGGAGGAGUAUGUUAAAGACACUCCUAUUGAGGAAUGGUGGGCCAGUAAUGUCCUUAAAUCUAGUCGAUGGCCUAGAAGUCAUAUGUCUGAUAUACUUAGGUACCUUACGCUUUGGAAGUUUCCAGGAAUUUAUCUUGAUCUUGAUGUUGUUGUUAAAUCCCCGUUGGAGAAGCUGAAGGAUUUUACUGGCGCUGAAAGUUGGGAUGACGUUGCUGCAGGUGUAAUAGGAUUCGGAGCGUCUCAUCUCGGGCGCCAGGUAGCCGACGCUUGUCUACGUGACUUGAAAAAAAAUUUUCGCGGAGAUAUCUGGGGCAAUAAUGGACCUGGCGUUAUUACUCGGACGCUUCAAAAAAUCUGUGCGACUAAAUAUGCACGUGAUAUGACCAGCAAACGCUGUCACGGAUUCACGGUUUACCCACCUUCUGCGUUUUAUCCAAUUCACUACAAGAUGUGGAAGGAAUACUUUGAUUCUAAAAAUAUAACUGAAACACUAAAGGUAAUUCGUAAAGCGUAUGCUAUUCAUGUCUGGAAUAAACUAAGUCAUUCUGAAGAAAUAAAAGUUGGGAGUGAUGUACCUUAUGCUGUUAUAGCUAAUCAAUAUUGCCCUAAAGUUUAUAAUAAUUGUGGUAAAAUAUUUUGA